GGAGUUGUAGUCCUCGCGCGCAGAGGCAGGAGGCAGGGCGCGCGGCAGGCGUUGUGCUUCCUUCCGGUCGCCACGGACUCUACAAGGUUUUGCUGUGCGCCAUCUCCUGGGCUCCGCGGCUGCGGGCGGGCGUUAGUGACCGGACUUCGUGGAGGCGCGGGUUCGGCUGAGCCCUCGGACACCCAUGGCUCCCCUCACUCAGCGGCUGCUCUUUCAACGCGGGCGACCCAAGACCAACAGUCUGGGGAAGAUCCGGAGUCUGGAUCUCUCGGGGCUGGAGCUGCUGUCAGAGCACUUGGACCCCAAUCUCCUGGGGCGCCUGAAGCAGCUGAAGGAACUUGACCUCUCCAACAACCUGCUGGAGACGCUGCCUGCCAACCUGGGCCUGUCCCAUCUGCGCAUCCUUCGCUGCACCAACAACCAGCUGGGGGACGUCACUGCCUUGCACCAGUUUCCAGACCUCGAGGAGCUCAGCCUGGAAGGCAACCCCUUCCUGACGGUCAAUGACAACCUGAAAGUCUCCUUUCUCCUGCCCAAGCUACGGAAGGUCAAUGGCAAGGAUGCAGCCUCCACCUGCUCACAGGUGGAAAACCUAAAUCGGGAGCUAACCAACAGGGUCACAGCUCACUGGAAGAAGUUCAUGGCCACUGUGAACCCUGAAGAGGAAGCUGACAAAUUCCAAGCUGACUUUGUGAGGUCUGCUGUCAGAGAUGUGCAUUAUGGCCCUGAGUCUCUCAGCGAGUUCACCCAAUGGCGGGUGCGGAUGAUCGCUGAGAAACUGGUGGCCUCCGGUGGGGCUGAGGUACAGGAAGCCAAUGUACCAAAGGAGCCUCCACAGGCUGCAGCUGUCUCCAAGCUCAGGGCCAGAAAGGUGGCCUCAAAACGGCCAGAUAAUUUCCCACUAGACCUCCCUUCCACCAAGCGAGUGUGUUUCUCCCCACCGGCUCAGACGGAGGACAGACCUGUGGACUUGGAUGGAGGCCAGGCUGCCCUCCACCUGGAACCCCUGCACUUCCUGCAGUGUCACAGCAGAAACAACAGCCCUAAGGACCUGGAGACCCAGCUGUGGUGCUGUGCCUUCGAGCCGGCCCGGGAGGAGGGGCACUCAGGGGCCACGUCCCAGACUGUGGCCACAUGUGGCGGAGAGGCUGUUUGUGUGAUAGACUGCCAGACGGGCAUCGUACUCCAUAAAUACAAGGUACCAGGCGAGGAGUUCUUCUCGGUGGCCUGGACAGCCCUGACGGUGGUCACCCAAGCAGGCCUCAAGAAGCGCUGGAACAUGCUGGCAGCUGCAGGCCUGCGGGGCAUAGUCCGGCUGCUCCACGUGCGUGCGGGCUUCUGCUGCAGCGUCAUCCGGGCCCAUAAGAAGGCCAUUGCCACCCUCAGCUUCAGCCAGACCCAUGAGACCCACCUCUUCACUGCCUCUUAUGACAAACGGAUCAUCCUCUGGGACAUUGGGGCGCCCGACCAAGAAUACAAAUUCCGGGCUAGCCAGCUCCUCAUACUCACCUGCAGCUCCACCCCCUUGCGUCUCUGCCCUGUUGCCUCCUGCCCGGAUGACCUCCUGCUGGCUGGCUGUGAGGGAGGCUGCAGCUGUUGGGAUAUUCGGCUAGACCAGCCCCAGAAGCAAAGGGUAUGUGAAGUGGACUUAGUCUUCUCUGAGGACCCUGAGAUGUCCGGACAAAGAGUGGACGGGCUAGCAUUUGUGAAUGAAGAUGUUGUGGCCUCCAAAGGGAGUGGAGAGGGCACCAUCUACCUGUGGAGCUGGAGGCAGACAUGGGCAGGCCGGAGCAGCCAGUCUGUACUGCCUGUGGUCAUCCUGGCCCGGCUGCAGUGGUCAUCCACCAAUUUGGCUUACUUCUCACUCAGCACCUGUCCAGACAAACACCUCGUGCUGUGUGGGGAUGAGGAAGGCAGUGUGUGGAUCUACGAUGUUGAACACCUACUAAAGCAGCCUCCUCCAGCAACAGCUCUGCAGGCCCCGACACAGAUCCUGAAGUGGCCUCAGCCAGUAGCACUGGGCCAACCAGUGACCAAGACCAUGGUAAACACAGUAGUGGCCAAUGCAGCCUUUACCUACCUCACUGCUCUGACGGACUCCAACAUCGUGUCCAUCUGGAGGAGUUGCUAGCUUGCGCAGGGCAGUAACCAGGGACACGGCUUAUUAGCUUGGGGCUAGUGAUCGAGGUAUUUGUAUCUGAGUAUUUUUAUUAAAUUCUCGAUUGUGGACUAGA